AUGGCCACGCUGUACGCUCGCCAGAGCCAGCUACGGGCCACCAAGUUCUUCUCCAUCCAAGGUCCCUACGCCUCGACCCGAUUCUUCUCCCAGCAGCAGCAGCGCCCGCGAUUCUCAUCCCGCCUGCGCCACGCCCUCAAGAACUCCAAGGUCCAAUGGUACCAGAUCCCCGUCGGAGUCGGCAUCGGCUUCCUGGGCUUGGUCCAGUUCUACAAGGUCUCAUCGCGCGAGCGCGAGAAGCAGGAGAGGGGCGAGGUUCAGGAUGGCGCGCCACCCAAGAAGCGCGCAAAGAUCAGGCCUGAUGGACCCUGGCAGGUCCAGGUCAUGUCAACGCUCCCCCUGAAGGCCAUCUCGAGACUCUGGGGUCGGUUCAACGAGCUGACCAUUCCAUACUACCUGCGUGUUCCCGGAUUCAAGCUGUACUCAUGGAUUUUCGGCGUCAACUUGUCCGAAGUCGCCGAGCCCGACCUGCACACGUACCCGAACCUCGCCUCCUUCUUCUACCGUGAACUCAAGCCCGGCGUUCGACCUCUCGACCCGAACUCCAACGCCUUGCUCUCUCCGUCCGACGGCCGGGUGCUGCAGUACGGCCAGAUCGAGGGCGGAGACAUCGAGCAGGUCAAGGGCAUGACAUACAGCAUCGACGCCCUCCUGGGCAAGAACACUCCCGCACCCAGCGUCGCAAGCGGCUGGUCCACGCCACAAGAAGCCGAGGCGGAGAAGGCGAACAAGGUCUCCCCGAGCGAGGACCUUGUCAAGACGGACGAGGAGUUCGCCCGCGUCAAUGGCAUUUCCUACACGGUCCCUAGCCUUCUGUCGGGCGCAGCCAUGUCCCAGCGGAGAGGGUCUCUCAAGGACGAGGCCGGCGAGCACCCUUCGGCCUCUGCCGUCUCCGAGGUCCGCGCCGACCUCGCCCUUGGUGAGAAGCCCUGGUACGACCUCAUCUCGCCCGACAACAAGACCUCUCUCUACUACGCCGUCAUCUACCUCGCACCCGGAGACUACCACCGCUUCCACUCACCCGCAAACUGGGUCGUCGAGCGCCGCCGCCACUUCGCCGGCGAGCUCUUCAGCGUCUCUCCUUACCUCCAGCGCACUCUGCCCGGCCUCUUCACGCUCAACGAGCGUGUUGUCCUGCUCGGCCGAUGGCGCUACGGAUUCUUCAGCUACGUCCCGGUUGGCGCCACCAACGUCGGUUCCAUCAAGAUCAACUUCGAUCGCGAGCUGCGCACCAACAGCCUGACCACCGACACGGCGGCUGACCGCGCCGCCGACGAGGCCGCGAGCCGCGGCGAGCCGUACAUGGGCUUCGCGGAGGCCACCUAUGCUUCCGCCAGCCCCGUGCUCGGCGGCCACGCUCUACGGAGAGGUGAGGAGAUGGGCGGUUUCCAGCUCGGCAGCACGAUCGUGCUGGUCUUUGAGGCCCCAACCGGGGGCAAGACGCCCGAGGACAAGACUGGGUGGAGAUGGGCCGUCGAGAAGGGCCAAACGGUCAAGAUGGGUCAGGCGUUGGGCUAUGUCGAAGAGGAGUGA